GGCCUGUCUUCCUCCGGAGGGCGGCCGAGCUGGGCCGGGGCUGAGGAACGCCGGCGAGUCUGCCGCUUCCCCCAAGGUGGCGGAGGGCUCCUCUUUCCAGGGGCGGCAGCAGCAGCCGCUCAAUAGGCCCUGAAGCGGGUACCGGCGGCGCUGGCGGCGGAAGGCGGCAGUCGCUGGCUGCUCUUCCCUCCCCGUGCUUCUGCCUGCCAGCCAGCCAUCGCCCGCCUCGCCUUGGCGCCCCGGCAGGACGAGAGGAGAACGAAGCAGCUGAAAAGAGCCCCGCGGGGAGCGGGAGAAUGAACCAUCAGCCGCCGCCGCCGCCGCCGCAGCAGCAGACGGGGAAAAUGUCCGUUUCCCCGCCGCCGGACCCCGACGAAGGGUUCGUUAUGGGCCGCCAGAGGAAGCUGGAGUCAAUGAUCCGGGAUCCCCGCUCUCCGGUCAACGUAGAAAGUUUGCUGGAUGGUCUGAAUUCUUUGGUUCUUGACCUGGAUUAUCCAGCACUGAGGAAAAACAAGAACAUAGACAACUUCUUAAAUAGAUUUGAGAAAAUUGUGGAAAAAAUUCGAGCUUUGCAAAUGAAAGCUGAAGACUAUGAUGUUGUUAAAGUGAUUGGAAGAGGAGCAUUUGGAGAAGUACAGUUGGUUCGCCAUAAAACAACACAGAAGGUUUAUGCAAUGAAACUUCUUAGUAAAUUUGAAAUGAUCAAAAGAUCAGAUUCGGCCUUUUUCUGGGAAGAGAGAGAUAUAAUGGCGUUUGCCAACAGUCCAUGGGUAGUUCAGCUUUUUUGUGCCUUUCAAGAUGACCGAUACUUAUAUAUGGUAAUGGAGUACAUGCCUGGUGGAGAUCUUGUGAACCUUAUGAGCAAUUAUGAUGUGCCUGAAAAGUGGGCCAAAUUUUAUACAGCUGAAGUUGUCCUUGCUCUCAAUGCGAUUCACUCCUUGGGAUUAAUACACAGAGAUGUGAAACCUGACAACAUGCUUUUGGAUAAAUACGGACAUUUGAAGCUGGCAGAUUUUGGCACUUGUAUGAAAAUGGAUGAAACAGGUAUGGUGCGUUGUGAUACAGCAGUUGGAACACCUGACUACAUAUCACCUGAAGUAUUAAAGUCACAAGGGGGUGAUGGUUAUUAUGGACGGGAAUGUGAUUGGUGGUCUGUAGGAGUUUUUCUGUUUGAGAUGCUAGUUGGGGAUACUCCAUUUUAUGCGGACUCAUUGGUGGGGACAUACAGUAAAAUCAUGGAUCACAAGAACUCAUUACAUUUCCCAGAUGAUAUAGAAAUCUCUAAACAUGCGAAGGACCUUAUCUGUGCCUUCUUAACAGACAGGGAGGUGCGUCUCGGAAGGAAUGGAGUAGAAGAAAUUAAAAACCAUCCAUUCUUUAAGAAUGAUCAAUGGAAUUGGGAUACUAUUCGAGAGACUGCUGCACCAGUUGUACCUGAGCUCAGUAGUGACAUAGAUAGCAGCAAUUUUGAUGACAUUGAAGAUGAUAAAGGAGAUGUCGAAACAUUUCCAAUCCCCAAAGCCUUUGUUGGAAAUCAGCUGCCUUUUAUAGGAUUUACCUACUAUAGAGAGAACUUGUACGUGAUACACUUCUGGAAUUGUCGUGAGAAGAACUCUGCUAAAUCAGACCAAAAUCCAUCUUUUGCACAAUUUCAGAAAAAAGUAAGCAAGCUAGAAGAUCAGCUUCAUAAUGAAAUACAACUCAAAGAAGAGCUGGAACAGAAAUGCAGAACUAUUAAUAAUCGCUUAGAGAAGAUAAUGAAAGAAUUGGAUGAAGAGAUGACCUCAAGAAAGAAUGUAGAGUCUGCACUGAGACUGUUGGAAAGGGAAAAAGCUCUUCUACAGCAUAAGAAUGCGGAGUACCAGCGGAAAGCUGAACAUGAAGCAGAUAAAAAACGCAAUCUGGAAAAUGAUGUUAAUAGUUUGAAAGAUCAACUCGAAGAUUUGAAAAGGCGGAAUCAGAACUCUCAGAUAUCAAAUGAAAAAAUCAACCAGCUGCAAAGACAGCUUGAUGAAGCCAAUGCUUUGCUGCGUACAGAAUCUGAUACAGCAGCCAGGUUCAGGAAGAACCAGACAGAGAGUACAAAGCAGAUUCAGCAGCUGGAAGCUACUAACAGAGAUCUACAAGAUAAAAAUUGUGCACUGGAAAAUGCCAAACUCAAACUAGAGAAGGACUUCCUCAACCUGCAGUCUGCCCUAGAAUCUGAAAGGAGAGAUCGCACUAAUGGGUCAGAGAUUAUCAGUGAUCUUCAAGGCCGAAUAGCUAGUUUGGAAGAGGAAGUAAAAAAUGGGAAGAGCGCAUUAGCUAAAACUGAGACAGAGAAAAGACAAUUACAGGAAAGAUUCACAGAUCUGGAAAAGGAGAAGAACAACAUGGAAAUAGAUAUGACAUACAAGCUAAAAGUCAUGCAACAGAACUUGGAACAAGAAGAAGCUGAACAUAAGGCAACAAAAGCCCGGCUAGCUGACAAAAAUAAAAUCUAUGAGUCUAUUGAAGAAGCAAAGUCUGAAGCCAUGCAAGAAAUGGAAAAGAAGCUCUUGGAGGAAAGAGUUUCAAAGCAAAAAGUAGAAAACUGCUUAUUAGAAGUUGAAAAAAGAUGCUCUAUGUUGGACUGUGAUCUAAAACAAUCUCAACAGAAAAUAAAUGAGCUACUUAAGCAAAAAGAUAAGUUGAAUGAGGAUGUAAAAAACUUGGCAUUAAAAAUAGAACAGGAAACACAAAAGCGCUGCCUCACACAGAAUGACCUCAAGAUGCAAACACAACAUGUCAAUUCACUGAAAAUGUCAGAGAAACAGCUAAAGCAGGAGAAUAAUCAUCUUCUUGAAAUCAAACUAAGUUUGGAAAAACAAAAUAAUGAACUCCGCAAGGAACGCCAAGAUGCUGAUGGACAAAUGAAGGAACUUCAAGACCAGCUCGAAGCAGAACAAUAUUUUUCAACUUUAUACAAGACACAGGUUCGGGAGCUUAAAGAAGAAUGUGAAGAAAAGACAAAACUUUGUAAAGAAAUGCAGCAAAAGAUGCAAGAGUUGCAAGAUGAAAGGGAUUCCUUGGCAGCGCAACUUGAGAUCACACUAACCAAAGCAGAUUCAGAACAGUUGGCUCGGUCCAUUGCUGAAGAACAGUACUCCGAUCUGGAAAAAGAAAAGAUCAUGAAAGAAUUGGAGAUUAAAGAAAUGAUGGCUAGGCACAAACAGGAACUUGCUGAAAAAGAUGCCACAAUAGGAUCUCUGGAAGAAGCGAAUAGGACGCUCACCAGUGAUGUAGCUAACCUUGCAAAUGAGAAAGAAGAGCUGAAUAAUAAACUUAAAGAAGUCCAAGAACAAAUUGCCAGAAUGAAGGAUGAAGAAACAAAUAUAGGACUUGUUAAGACUCAAUAUGAGAAACAGUUGUUUACUGAAAGAACCCUGAAGACACAGGCUGUAAACAAGUUAGCUGAAAUUAUGAAUCGCAGGGAUCCUGUCAAACGAGGAGCUGACACUGAUGUCAGAAGGAAAGAAAAAGAGAACAGGAAACUGCAUAUGGAGCUGAAGUCUGAGCGUGAAAAAUUAACCCAAAUGAUGAUCAAGUAUCAGAAGGAGAUUAAUGAAAUGCAAGCACAAAUAGCAGAAGAGAGCCAGGUAAGAAUAGAAUUGCAAAUGGCCCUGGACAGCAAGGAUAGUGAUAUUGAGCAGCUUCGCUCACAACUUCAGAUGAUACAUAUCGGUCUGGACAGCACCAGUAUAGGCAGUGGCCCUGGAGAUGCAGAAGCUGAUGAUGGAUUUCCUGAGUCACGACUGGAAGGUUGGCUUUCUUUGCCUGUCCGAAACAAUACCAAAAAGUUUGGAUGGGUUAAAAAGUAUGUAGUUGUAAGCAGCAAGAAGCUUCUCUUCUAUGACAGUGAGCAAGAUAAAGAGCAGUCAAACCCUUACAUGGUGUUAGACAUAGACAAAUUAUUCCAUGUCCGGCCAGUCACACAAACGGAUGUAUACAGAGCAGAUUCGAAAGAGAUUCCUAGGAUUUUCCAGAUCCUGUAUGCUAAUGAAGGAGAAAGCAAAAAGGAGCAAGAAUUUCCUGUAGAGCCAAUGGGGGAGAAGUCAAAUUACAUUUGCCAUAAAGGACACGAGUUCAUACCUACUCUCUAUCACUUCCCAACCAAUUGUGAAGCUUGUAUGAAACCAUUGUGGCACAUGUUUAAACCUCCUCCUGCUUUAGAAUGCCGACGCUGCCAUAUCAAGUGUCAUAAAGAUCAUAUGGAUAAAAAAGAAGAGAUUAUAGCACCUUGCAAAGUAAAUUAUGAUGUUUCAACGGCAAAGAAUCUACUACUGUUAGCCAAUUCUACAGAGGAGCAGCAGAAAUGGGUGAGCCGUCUAGUAAAAAAGAUUCCCAAAAAGCCUCCAGCUCCAGAUCCUUUUGCACGAUCUUCUCCAAGGACUUCCAUGAAGGUACAGCCAAACCAGUCUAUCAGACGGCCAAGCCGACAGCUUCCUCCAAACAAACCAAGAUUGCUUGAUUUGACAUUUAAAGACUGGGAUUGGUCAUUUGAUGAUGUUGAUGAUAUAGAUGUUGAUGAUGAUGAUGAUGUGUUUGAUUUCUGAAGCCGAAAAUUGGCUAACUGCCUUCUGUCAAUGUAGUCACUGUUGAAGGUGAUUUUCUUCCCACUGAAAAAAGACUGAGAUACUGUAUCCCGAAACAAAUGAAAUAUAUAUAUAUAUAUACAUAUAUAUAUAUAUACUUCUGAAAGACAGCUAUAUAUAAAUCUAUAGCACUACAUUUCACAAAAGGAUUAGAAAGUACAGGAAUACAAGGAGAAUCCAUCCCUUAUCCAGCCUCGGUAGAGAAAUGCCACCACCAGCAAAGGUGCCAGAGGAUGGAGGGGGCUGGGGGUGAGAGAAGAUUCUGUCACACUGAUGGCUGCAUCCUAAAGAAGUGACCAUAUACUGUGUGUAUGUGUUUGUGUAUGUGUACAUAUGUAUAUUGUAUUGUACUGUAAUGCUGCAAGAGGGUUUUUUUUAAACUUUCCACUUUAUUUUUAUACAUAUUAAUCAUAUACCAUUCACUGCAGUUGCAACUAUGCACUUGUAUAAAGCCAUAUUUUUGAAGUUCAUAUCAUUCAUACAUAUAUAUUGAAAACUGCAUGUCUGCAUUGAGCAGAUUAAGUAUAAUAAGAGUUCCGAGCAGAUGCUAAUUUCAUUUAUUUUAGUGGGCAGCCGUUUUACUGGUUUUGAAUGCCUUAAAUUAAUUUUGUUCCCUUUAAAGUCUAUGCCCAUUCUAGAUAUUUAAGAGAGAGAGAAAUUAGAGGUUUACCAGCUCUUAGAAUGCAGUUUUGCUUUGUUGCAGAAAAAUAUAGUGCACUAUGUUUACAUAUAAUAGUUCAUAUCAAUGUCAGUUUAUUUUGAAUGUAUAUUGAAAGGUUUGGAAGAGAAGACUGGGUCAAAUACUGAUUUGCAGAAACAAUGAACUGGUAGUAUUAGAACUAAUAUAUAGCUUUCAUACACAAGCUCAACUUUUCCAUUGAACUUUAUUUACAGACCUCAAUAUUAGCCAUUGACUUUAGAUUCCCCUAACUAAGUGCUAUAAAACUCCAUUCUGCCUUUUUUCCACCCAUAUUAUCAAGGUAUUUUGAUUUCUGGAGGGAAAAAUAGCUGUUUUUACAAUCUUACCGCACAAUAUCUAAGGAUUGUCACAAACCCGUUAGUAACUGAAACAUACUGUAGAUGUAUUUUAAACCUUUUUUUGUUGGAAUCCUGGUCACUUAGCCCAUAGCUGUAGGAGUAGGAAAAUAAUUUCAGUUGUGUAUUUUUGAGAACAUUGCUGGGAGGAAAAGGCCUUGGAGGCACUUAAAUCUGAUUUUUAAAAAAUAGUGUACAAAAUAUAAUUUGUGAGCUCAUUUAUGCCAUGUCCAGAAUUUAUCCCAGAAAAUGGAUGUUUUAUACAACUACAGUAUGCUAUGUUAAAUAUGUUGGCAGUAAAAGACAUAUUGUAGCCUCCUCCUCAGUCUCUUUUUUAAAAAAACUUAUAUAUAUGCAUAUGCAUAUGUUGUGUGCUAAUGAAAUAUAGAAUGUAACAUUUCAAUGAAGGAAAUAAGACAUUUCACUAGAUUUGUGUUCUUUAGAAACAGAAGUUAAGUACUUGGAAGGAGAGAACCAGGAAUUGUGUAAUAUCACAACAAUAAAAAAUGGACUUGGGCUCUCACUAGAGUUCUCAAGGGAACAACUCAC